GCAUUAUAUAAGAUGCCAUUCCCCUCUUUACCCACAAAGCAAAUCCAUCCCUAGACCCUUCAUUUCACAAUGGCCUAUGGUGAUGAGAAGUAUCGUUCUCUUUUGACUGGUGAUGAAGAGAAAAACACCAAAUGGAGAUAUGGGGUUCCUCCUAACUAUGAUAUUGUCAACAAACUCUUUGAAGAAGAGAGGACUACUGUAUGGCCUGUUGGGUCACUUGAAGAGAGAGUGCAAAGCCUAGUGAAGAAUUUUGAGAUGGAAAUGUUCCAUAAGAUAUCACCCAGUGACUUCAAAACAAUAGAUGUGAACAAAUAUACUUUCUCUCUCAAUGGAAGAAAACCUUUAGCUGUUGGACAGGUAAGUAAACUUGGAGGUUACAAUCCCUUCCUUCAGACAUCCCUCCCUGAUGAGUACAGGUACUAUAAUGCUGAAAAGGAGACUGCUGAAUCAUCUCACCGAGCUUUCACUGCGACAUUCCUUAGAGGUUUUGCUCUUGAGAUUAUCCAAGUUUAUUCAGGGCCCCCAAAUAUUGUGUUCAAGUUUAGGCAUUGGGGCUACAUGGAGGGGCCGUUCAAAAACCAUGCCCCCACUGGGGAGAUAAUUGAAUUCUAUGGAGUUGCCAUUUUCAAGGUGAAUGAGAAAGAUAAAAUUGAGGGGGUGGAGUUCUUUUUUGACCCAGCGGAGUUGGUUGGAAAACUCCUGAAAGGUCCUGAUUUGGAUGGCUCGGUUGAAAAGGCGAUGUCAAGCUGCCCUGUCUUGAGAAACACAGGGUUGUACUACUGUGUCUUCCUUGAGUUAUAAGGAGAUAAGACAUGAUUAAUAUGACAACAAUUCAUUUGAUAAACCCAACUGGAAGAAAUGUGAAUUCUUCCGUGGUUAACUUUUUAUAAGCUGUAGGAGACCUUGGAGAUCGCCUUCAAUUUGACUGCACAAUUAAAGAGGAAGUUUCAGGUUCCCCCAUCUUAAGCAAGAAUGGUAGAAUGUGAAGUUAUAACUCAUUUUAAAUUGCAUUCAGUGAUAUGAAGUAAUCAUCCUGCCCCUCUGGCUAAAGACACGCAUUCCUACAUAAAAUCUAUAACCCUGGUUGACUAAAAACUUAAAACUGAUAUUGAAUUGUUGGAACUUCCAACAUUUUCUCUGGACAGCGUACUUGCCGCAGCAUUUGCCAACUACUCAAGGAAUUGGAACAAUAAGCAGAAUUUGGUAGCACCAGCAAAAGUCUUUAGGAGAGAAUGAUGAAACAGUUACUAAAAACAGAACAGAGAACAGCACAACAAAAGCCAGAGAAGGAACCAGCUAGCAGGGAGAAACACUUGUUAAAACACCAAUUGACCCAAAAUUUAAGCUGACGGGCAAAGGUAAAUUUAAUACACUUCCACCGUAAAUCUAUGAAACAAGUUGAAGAAUGAAAAAGUUACCUCGUCAACCAAAGAAAGGCUCUGCUACAACUGGUAAGCUUCCUUGCAUUUCCUUCAUUUGUCUCUUUCUUCAAAAUUUCUACCAUAUUGGAAUACAUCGAAGGAUCAGACUCAUACAUGUUCUCCAACCUCUGCAUUUUACACCACCAUUUUAUUGUAAGUAAUAGACAUAGAGAGGAAAAGAGAGAAAGCUUUAUGCUAUUUUGAUACUGUGUAUACCUGAAUGUUCUGAUAAAUGUCUUGUCUUAGAACAGUCAUUGUUGGUCCUACCUUAUCUGCAGCAAAAGAAAAGACCAAAAACCAAUCUCAUUUUAACAACAAGAACAUUUGUUCUCGAAACAAGCAGGGAGACAGAGAGUGUAAAUUACCUAGAAAUUGAAGGAUCAAAUUGCAAAUAGAAAGAAAGUGGUUGGUGGGUAUGCUAGAAGCAGCAUGAUCAACAGGUUUGAACUUAGCCAACACUGAAAGCUCAGCUGUUGAAGACCUCAUUUCAGAUUCCUUUUCCACUUCUCUCUUCCUCUUCAUAUACAAAUUAAUAAACUAAAACCCCUUCUUUCACUUCUUGGUUUCCAGUUUAACCCUUUGAUUUUCAAAUAUUCUUAUAAAGGAAGGACCAUUCUUUCUC